UCGAUACUUCCCAACACUAGUAAAUACUGCUCGUAAGUUAAUGAUGACUUUUAUGGGAAGUUAAAAAUUCAAAUUCAUCCUCUAUUGUUAUGGCCUCAAUGAAGUCAGCGCGUUAUAGGUGUGUACACAAAAAAGUACAACCGCCGGAAAUAAAUAUGACAAACAUUUCAAACUACAUGUCACCUGUAAAAUAAAUCAAAAUAAAAGAGUGAGCGAGUGUUUUGUGAUAAAAUAAAUCAACCCGUAUCUAUGCUUCUUACUCCGUUUUGCCUUGGUCAACUUCUUGCAUACCUGUUAUAAGCACCUUAUACAUACAUAUUUACACACAUUCGCAGGGAUUUAAUGAUUUCAGUGCGUUUUUAAUUGAGAUGUAUUUUAUGUCAGCAUUCCUACUUACAGUGCGUGAAUGUAUGUAUUUAUGUACCUAUGUGCAUAUGUCCCGCGGAUUAACCAUUUGAAACGACCUGCUACGAAAGUUUAACAUCCUCAAAGCAAAAGUGUAAAAGCGAAACCCCGGCAAGUGUUUCCUGUUGUGACACGACCUCCAACACAGUGUUAUACAGAAAACGUAAAUUUAAAAUCAUUAUAAUAGUUAUUCAUGUUUGGUGAGCCUGGAUGAGUGUACCAGAGUUUCCGAGUUAUCAAUUAGGUAAUUUACCGCAAGUGCAACCUACCACCGUUCUUGAUCAUACACCCAUUCCGUGGUGACCUGUGCCCAACGUAGCUGCAGGAAUAUCGUAGUGGGUUUAUUGCCUUGACGGAAACUAGUGCCGUUAUUAAGCAUCCUUGACAGCAAACCUUGAAAUAUUCCAAAAGACGCACAUGGGCGUCUGCACCGAAGAGCGCCCUGUGAUGCAUUGGCAGCAGAGCGCAAGAUUUCUUGGGCCAGGUGCAAGGGAAAAAAGUCCAACUCCACCUGUAGCACAUCAAGGGAGCACUCAUUGCGGCAGUGCUGCAGGUGUAAAUAACAAUAGGUUACUUUAUCGGUCAUGCUCUUCCUGUCCAGACCUUUGCGAUUACAGUACAAAGCCUUUCGGCUCUACGUUUAGUGAGCCGUUCAAAAGCUAUGAGACCGCAGACCGUGCAGUAUUCAACGAAACUGCACUGAAAUAUGCAAUUAGUCGAGCUCGUCCUGACUGUUUGGAAGUGAAUGAGGAGACUACCUCGGGAAUAUCCUUUAAAACGGAGCCAUAUGGCCCCCCAAGUAGCCCGGAGUCCACAACUGAAACACAAAAUCUGCCUCGAAACCUUGAAGAUUGUGCGGGUUGCGGCCGAUUCAUACAGGAUCGUUUCUAUCUCUCUGCAGUUGAUAAACGGUGGCAUAUUAAUUGCUUACAAUGCUAUGCAUGUCGGCAACCGUUAGAUCGAGAAUCAUCGUGUUAUUCGCGGGAUGGAAACAUUUACUGCAAGAAUGACUAUUAUAGUUUCUUUGGAACGAGACGAUGUUCGAAGUGCCGAGCAUCAAUCAGUGCAACGGAGUUAGUAAUGCGAGCUAGAAAUUUAGUAUUUCACGUUAACUGCUUCUCCUGUACGAUUUGCAACGCACCCCUCACCAAAGGCGAUCAAUAUGGAAUUAUAGAUGCCCUCAUAUAUUGCAGAACGCACUAUAGUAUCGCUCGCGAGGGAGACGCGGCGUCCGCAAGGCUCGGAGGGUCAUUUUCGUAUUGCGCGGACUUUGGUUCGCCACAAAAUGAGUCGUCCAGUCCUCACUCAGAUCCCACUCGCAUUGUUCCUAGUGGCAUAUUUGUGCCUACUUCACAUGUAAUCUCAGGACUAACGCAGGCGCCGCGACAAAAGGGCAGACCUCGGAAAAGGAAACCUAAGGACAUUGAAGCUCUCACUGCCAAUAUGGAUUUAAAUACGGAAUAUUUAGACUUUGGACGCGGUUCGCAGAUGACUGCAUCGCGGACGAAACGGAUGCGAACGUCAUUCAAGCAUCAUCAAUUACGCACAAUGAAGUCUUACUUUAACAUAAAUCACAAUCCAGAUGCCAAGGAUUUGAAACAACUCUCCCAAAAGACUGGGUUGCCAAAGCGAGUUUUACAGGUUUGGUUUCAAAAUGCAAGAGCUAAAUGGCGACGCAUGAUGAUGAAGCAAGAUGGUACAAAUAUUCUAGAAAAAGGCGAUGGAUCUCUGGAUUUAGAUAGCAUUUCGGCGCAUAGUCCUACUUCGUUCAUGAUAGGCGGCGGCAGUGGCUCUCCUCAGCAUGCACUUGAGUAGCAGUCAUGCUCGUUACUGGUACCACACCGAGAACUUUGAGCUAAUCACGCUUAUCUUGUUGCUUUAUUAAUAUCACAGUCGUAGAUGUAGCUGUAGUCUAAAGCACCCGUUUUACGCAAACGCUCCAGUCCAAUGCAAGGGGAGAACAACCACGGCAGGGAAUCUAGCGCCUACACACGCAUUCAUGCGAAUACACACAUACUUACAAAUGUACACCCAUAAAGACCAAGUCCACAUAAGUUUACUACACGCAUAUAUGUAUUCAUACAUAUUUAUUUACGUUUACUCAUAAGUUAAUAGAGUAUACAUAGUUGCAUAGUAUGUAUGUAUGUACUAUACAUACAUAUACAUAUGAACUUCAAACGAAUUGUAUUGCACGCAAACUCUAUUUCGAACUGGGAAUCAAAUAAAAUACAUAUGUCUAUAUAUGUACGUACAUAUGUAUAUACUUACAUCCAUAAGUGCAUGCACACAUAUGUAUGUGCAUGCAUAUACUUAUGGAAAAACACUUAGCAGACCAAUUACCACCAAACUUCUAAGCCAUAACGGGAACAAUCUUAUGCGCGUGGGCUAAUAUUUUUGUAAAUGUAUUUAGAUAUAGUUAAUAUAGGUGAUAUAAUUUAAACCAGAAUAUCGAAAUCUGAACUUGUUAUUUCUAGCACAUUUGGAACUUAAAGGAUACGAUACACACUCGUUUAUAUGUAGGUACAUACAUACAUACAUAUGUACAUUAUAAAACAAUAAUACAUAACCUAAGUACCUUUACUACAUAUGCAUAGAUUUAAAAGUUCAAUUGCAGAAUAUCAGGCAAAAGCACCCAUACAUACAUACGACACCUCAAGUAGUCUGGAAAAAUUACGUACACAUAAAGUUUUUUUGCUGCGGGAUCAUGAUAAACCGUGAGGACUUGCAGUUCAACUUUCGACUAAGUACCCGCACUGAGAUUUCUGCGCCUCGUAGUACAUCUAUGUUUUUAAUUUUUUUAGUUUCCUAUAAAACUUAACUAUAUUUAAAAUAAGAUAAUUAAUACAAGUUAACAUACAUACAUAACUCAAAGAAAAUCCCGACCCAAACACCUUUCCUAUGGCCGGAAGGAUGAGCAUUUGCCAGGCUGAAAAAGUCAAAAUAAUAGCGUUUUCUUUUAUCGAAAUAAUGUUGCAUUUAUUCUUCCCUGCGUCAGCGCUGUCAAAUUUUCGUGUUCUUUUCUCAGUAUCUUCGCAUGCAUAUUGUAUGCCCUUUCUUUAAAAUGUUGCACUCUGAUACUGUUGCCAUAUAAGAACGAGACAUUUUUUUUUCGAGAAAAGAGAUCGUCAUAGGACAGAGAGCAAGUGCAACCGCACACAUCAAAAAGUUUAAAGGCACAAUUGUAAUCAAACAGAAGGUGUGCAGCGCAACUACCAAGCGUACUGUUGUUCCCCGAACGACCACUUCACCGAUCAUUGAGGAUAGGGAGGAAUUUACUAAUGAUAAUAAUAAUGGUACUCGCCGACGCGGAAAGGGUAGCUUUCAAAUAAAUGGUGUGUGUCGAUCUUCUUCUUGCGAGUCUUUUCCAAGAUAUGGCGUAUGAUAAAGCCCUCAUCUAUGGUGAAUCUACCAGGUCUAAGGUCACACUGAUAAGACCCAAUAAGUUCCUUGAUAGUGUACGCAUAUGGGGUGUUCCAUACCAAAAGGAACGGGGUUCACACUUCAUAUGUUUGAUUUGUUUCAAAUUUUUAGGGUUGAUG